CCGUACUCCCAUCACGACAAGCGAAGGCAUUUCCAAUAGCAAUGACAUGGCUGCCGCGACACUUGACACCCUCGCCUGGCUUCUCUUUCGCCGCGAAUAACGACAUCGACGAUGGCAAGGGCCCUUUGGACACUGUGGCUGUUGUACCUCUUCAACUUGGCCGCCGUCCGAGCAAGUCCCCACUUUGAGGCGGGCAAGGAUGACCAGGUCCUCAUUGCCGACUUCCCACCUCCCGUUGAGCGGCCAGGAGGCGCUGAUGUUUGGACUGUCGGUGACGUGGAGACCGUGAAGUGGUCUACGAAGGGGCUCAACUUCACUCUCGACCAAACAGGGACGAUCUUGCUGGGCUAUCUCACGACCGAUGGUUCGCAAACACUUUUUGUAGAUCAACCUCUGGCGGGUAACUUCACCCUAGCUAGCGGCGCCGUUAACGUCGUAGUCCCUAAGGUGCCAUCCGGAAAUGCCUACUUCAUCAUUGUCCUCGGAGACGCAAACAACUGGGGCCCGUUGUUCUCCAUCAUCAAUCCAAACGAACCAUCUUCAUCCGUCGCUCCCACUUCUCUUGCUUGGAUCUCAGGCUCUGCCGCACCCAGCAUUACGGCUGUGGUCAAAGCUUAGUCUCGUCGACAUGUCUGCAUUCCCGACUACUCGAGCGUCGUGAACAGCGCUGUAGGCUGUCCCCAGGGGCGCUGGUGUCGUAUUAUUGGUGGUUCCUUUGGGUUUGUUCUUGAAUCUGAUAUGACACAUCCGAAGGGCAGCGUGCAACUCUAAAAUCCAGGUCUCUAUCUGGAUGACAGUGCUCUUACCUAUUCAGACAACCUCAAGCUUCGACUACUCUCCUCGGAGUACUAUUGGACCAGCUAGAAGACGAUUACACAUGAGAUGCCAACGCGCCGGCACCGGUCGAAUGCCUCAUGGCAGGUCAUCUGCAUGCGCCCCUACAUCUGUCUCGGAGAGUAAGCAG